AUGAAUUCUCUGCGUACUGCCGCUAUUAGACCUGCUAAACAAUUUGCUCGCUCUUUCCAUGCUGCUCAACCUCGUUUGACAGGCCAAACUGUUGAAGCAGACUCUGCUACCUUUGCAAAGCUUGUCACCUCAGCCGACCAUCCUGUCAUUGUAGACUUUUAUGCCGACUGGUGUGGUCCUUGUAAGAUGUUGGGUCCUUUAUUGACCAAAUCUGUCGCUGCUAAUCCCAAGGUCACUUUGGUCAAGGUCAAUGUGGACAAUAACCAAGACAUUGCUUCCCAAUUCAAGGUGGCUGCUUUGCCCACUGUCUCUGCCUUCAAAGAUGGCAAGGUGGUUGAUUCAUUUGUGGGCAUGCGUAACGCUGCUAUGAUCGACCAAUUCGUCAAGAAACAUGCUGAUCUUGCUUAG